AGCGAUAGCCAGGCACACAGGCACCCUCUGACAGAAAGAGGUGCUCCUCUGUGCUGACUUUAUUCCACUCAAUAGUUUGUUGGAGCUCCACUGGCAUGUUUUCACUGAUGCGACCCGAUGAACAUCAAACGUCUUUUCUCCUGUCUGCCACUCUAGCAAACCACUAAUCCAGGAUGGACCAUGGAGACAGAGGGAUGAGGGUAUCUGACUUCCGCUAUGAGGAAGAGGAUGUUGGUCAUGUCCCUAGAUCCCACAGCAUGCUGGCAGACCAUCAGUCUGUCUAUAUUGGCGUCCCAGUAUCCCGUGGAGUGCGGCGCAAGCGGAGGCGACGGCGCUCAAGUCGAGAAGCUCACGUCAUGGACAGGGACAUCCACUAUGGCCACAACAGACACCAUGAGCACGAUCGCUACAGAGACAUAGACAUAGAGGAGGGACUCAUGGAUUCAGCUGAGCAGAGUCUCCAAGACAUCAACCGCACAAUGUCUCCAGCAGCAGAGCGGCUACGUUACAUCCUGAACGAAGACGAUGACCUCCCCACACCAACGCUCUUCACAGAGAUGGACACUUUGCAGCGAGAAGGGGACGAGUUGGAGUGGAAGGAGUCAGCCAGAUGGGUGAAGUUUGAGGAGAAGGUGGAGGAGGGAGGAGAGAGAUGGAGUAAACCCCACGUGUCCACACUUUCCUUGCACAGUCUUUUUGAGCUUAGGACAUGUCUCCAAACAGGGACGGUGCUCCUGGAUCUCGACGGCUACUCGUUGCCUCAGAUAGUUGAUGACAUCAUCGAGAGACAGAUAGAAGAAGGCAUGCUAUCGCCCGAUCUCAGAGAGAAGAUCAGCUUUGUGCUGUUGAGGAAACAUCGACAUCAGACCAAGAAGCCCAUUCACCGCUCACUGGCCGACAUGGGCAAGUCCGGCUCCUCUGCAAGUCGUGGCGGUCCUCCCAGAGGUGGAGCGGGUCCAGGUCCAGGUCCAGGUCCAGGUCAGGGCCAAUCGCCAAACUUUAACCGAUCCACUGAAGACCUUCGACUCAAACAGCAGGCCGCUAACUACGGACGCCUACGUCACGCUCAGAGCCGGAGUAUGAAUGACAUUGCCGACACUCCCAGCACAGACCAGCUGAAGAACAAGUUCAUGAAGAAGAUUCCUAGAGAUGCUGAGGCAUCCAAUGUCUUAGUGGGUGAAGUAGAUUUCCUCAACAAACCCUUUGUCGCCUUUGUCCGCCUGGCCCAGGCCACGACACUGGGAGGCCUGACAGAGGUGCCAGUUCCCACCAGAUUCCUCUUUGUUCUCUUGGGACCCCAAGGAAAGGCCAAGUCAUAUAAUGAGAUCGGACGAGCUAUAGCAACCCUAAUGGUGGAUGAUCUUUUCAGUGAUGUUGCCUACAAAGCCAGAGAUCGGGAGGACCUGAUUGCUGGAAUAGAUGAGUUUUUGGAUGAAGUCAUUGUGCUCCCACCUGGAGAAUGGGACCCCAAAAUCCGUAUUGAGCCACCAAAGAAAGUCACCACAGCUGACAAAAGGAAGUCGGUGUUAUCCUUGAACGAGCUGGGUCAGAUGAAUGGAAUGGCCGGAGGAGGAGGAGGUCUCGCUGAGGACGAGGAGAUGCCAGUACAGCAUGAACUGGGAGAGGAGCUGGCCUUUACUGGUCGUUUCUGCGGUGGCCUGUACCUGGACAUAAAGCGCAAAUUGCCGUGGGUGCCCAGCGAUUUCUACGAAGGUUUCCACAUCCAGUCCAUCUCGGCCGUGCUCUUCAUCUACUUGGGCUGCAUUACCAACGCCAUCACCUUUGGUGGCCUCCUCGGAGACGCCACGGACAACUACCAGGGUGUGAUGGAGAGUUUUCUGGGCACGGCGUUGGCUGGAUCUGUCUUCUGCCUCUUCAGCGGUCAACCCCUCAUCAUCCUCAGCUCCACUGGACCCAUCCUCAUCUUUGAAAAGCUCCUGUUUGAAUUCAGCAAGAACAAUGGCAUAGACUACAUGGAGCUACGCUUGUGGAUCGGCAUCCACUCCUGCCUGCAGUGUUUCAUCCUGGUGGCGUCAGAUGCCAGUUACAUCAUCAAGUACAUGACACGCUUCACAGAGGAGGGCUUCUCCAGCCUCAUCUCCUUCAUCUUCAUCUCCGACGCCAUCAAGAAGAUGGUGGGCUCUUUCAAGUAUUACCCCAUCAACACCGACUUCAAGCCAGACUACGUCACCACCUACAAGUGCGAGUGCUUGGCCCCAGACCCGAUUCCAAUGCCAGAUAACAGCUCUAGUGUCUCUGGGUUGAAUGUGACAGCUCUGGACUGGAGUCAGCUGAGCAAGAAGGAGUGUCUGAAGUACGGGGGCUCUUUGGUCGGAAAGUCCUGCAAGUUCGUCCCCGACCUGGCCCUCAUGUCCUUCAUCCUCUUCUUCGGCACCUACUCCAUGACCGUCUCUCUCAAAAAGUUCAAGUUCAGCCGCUACUUCCCCACAAAGCUCAGGAAACUCAUCAGUGACUUCUCAAUCUUCAUGUCCAUCAUGACGUUUGUCGGUCUCGAUAUGUUGGUGGGGCUCAAGACUCCCAAGCUUAUUGUCCCAACUGAAUUUAAGCCAACACGGCCGGGCCGCGGCUGGCUGGUGAUGCCUUUUGGGAAGAACCCGUGGUGGAUAUACCUGGCCAGCUUUGUUCCAGCCCUGCUUGUGACCAUUCUUAUCUUCAUGGACCAGCAGAUCAGCGCUGUCAUUGUCAACCGCAAGGAGAACAAGCUUAAGAAAGGUUGUGGCUACCACUUGGACCUGUUCUGGGUGGGGGUCCUCAUGGCUGCCUGCUCUUUCUUGGGGCUGCCCUGGUACGUGGCGGCCACUGUCAUCUCCAUCGCCCACAUCGACUCUCUGAAGAUGGAGAGCGAGUCCAGCGCUCCGGGAGAGCAGCCACAGUUCCUCGGAGUCAGAGAGCAGAGAGUAACAGGCAUUCUGGUGUUUGUUCUCACUGGAGUGUCCAUCUUUCUCGCUCCGGUUCUAAAGUACAUCCCCAUGCCAGUGCUGUACGGUGUCUUCCUCUACAUGGGCGUAGCUUCCCUCAGUGGGAUCCAGUUCUGGGACAGGAUCAAGUUGUACAUGAUGCCGUCCAAGCACCAACCUGACUACAGCUACCUCCGUCACGUUCCCCUGAGGAGGGUACAUCUAUUCACUCUCAUCCAGAUUAUAUGUCUGGCUGUGCUCUGGGUCCUCAAAUCCACCUUCUUAGCCAUCAUCUUUCCUGUCAUGAUCCUGGGUCUGAUGGUGGUCCGGAAGAUGCUGGACAUGAUGUUCUCUCAGCAUGACUUGGCCUGGCUGGAUGACCUGUUGCCUGAGAAAGAGAAAAAGAAGAAGGAAGACGACAAGAAGAAAAAGAAGGAUAAGGAUAAGAAGAAGCCCAAAGCAGAGGACAGUGAGGAGGAGGAGAAGUACCAUGGCUACGCCAACCACUCCCCCAGCUCCGAGUCGGACCUGGACCGCAGCAUCACCCUCCACUUGAAGAUCUCCUGCCCGUCUUCACCAGCCAUGCCCAUGGGCCGGGGGAUGGGCUGCCCCGUGCCCCAGGUCAAGAUCGAGAUGGAGUCAGACUACGACUCGGACCUGGACCGCCAUCGGGGCCGGGACAUUAGCAGCGAGACCACGUUAUGAUGUCUG